AGAUCCAAGAGCUAGCGGUACGACCCAACAGCUGCACACACCCCUAACCCCACCUUCCGUCGAGAUGAGGAGCCCCCCAACGGCUGUCAUGGCGGUGGCAGCGCUGCUGCUGUUGCUGGUAUCCCUUGCGGCGAACACGACGGCCUCGCCGGACAGGGAGAGCAAGUCGGGGGGGAAUCGGAGGAUGCUGAAGUUGUACGAACGGGUCAUGGUGGAGUGGAAGGCAGGGCACGGCAAGAACAUCAGGAACGAGGAGGAGAAUCGGCGGGUGUUUGCUGAGUGGAUGGUCAAGUACGGCAAGAAGUACAGCUCCACUGGCGAGGAGGAUCGCCUUUACGCUUUAUUCAAGGACGAGCUCCGCAGGGUCGAUCUGCUCAAUGCCGCCUUCGGUCCCAACCCAAUUUACGGCAUCAACUUCCUCAGCGACAUCACCGAUGAGGAGUGGGGAUUCUUGAGCCACAGAGCCCCUUUCUAA